UUCCUCUACGGCUGCGCGGGGCCAUCAUGUGGUCAACAUUCAUGAACAUAUUUUAGGACUUUCUGUAUUUUAUCAUUACCGCCAAAUCUAGCCGUAUUCACAGUAACGUUGGAAUACAAAAUAUUGAAAAAAUGGAUACUCAUAAUAUUUGAGUCUAUAAGCGAGCAGAGGGAUAAGAGUUUUAAUAAACCUACGCGUCUUCUACCAGGUCAUAACACCAAGCCUCCAAAACAUGGCAGCUUCCUUGAGCACCGCUGAAAGCAUGAAUCUUUUGCAAUUUCUGAAACUAGUUGGACAACUAAAAAGAGUCCCACGCACCGGCUGGGUGUACAGGAAGGUAAAGCAGCCCGAGAGCGUCUCCGACCACAUGUACAGGAUGUCUAUAAUGGCGAUGACCAUCACAGACCCCAAAGUCAAUAAGGAAAGGUGCAUGAAGAUCGCACUGGUUCACGAUAUGGCAGAGAGCAUUGUGGGAGAUAUUGCUCCAAUGGAUAAGGUCAGCAAGGAAGAGAAGCAUAGAAGAGAAAAGGAAGCAAUGACAACUUUAACAGAUUUGCUGCAAGGGGUUCUGAAAAAUGAGAUUUAUGCACUCUGGGAGGAGUACGAGUCACAGAGCAGCCCGGAAGCAAGGCUGGUCAAAGACUUUGACCUUGCAGAGAUGAUCCUCCAGGCCCAAGAGUAUGAAGAACUGGAGGAAACCCCCGGAAGACUGCAGGAGUUCUUUGACUCGACGGAAGGUCGUUUUCGCCACCCCGAUGUGAUUCAGCUGGUCGACUGUCUCAAGGAAGAGCGAAGAGGUCACAUGAGCAAGGCUGCCGAACCUCCGACACAUACGUCCUGACUGGGAACACGGACCACCGGACACACUGCCCUGAGGUGGAGGACCUCCGAAGACCGGAAGACGCCAGAUUUGCAUUAAGCAGAACACCGAAUUGUUUACAUCGUUGAUAAAUGCAAAUGGUUUCCAUGGUUGCUGCUAGUUUUUUUUUUUUUUUUUUUUCUUUACCCUGACCUCCUGUUUAAACUAUUUGUGUCGGGUCACAUGUUUAACUUCAUUAUGUGAGCAUUAGCUACCCAGUGUUCCACUAUAUGGUCAUAUGACUCGUGGUCCUGUGACGCUUUAGAGGGGCUUCGGGAUUCUGGAUUCUAUACUAUAAGAAAAUGUAGGGAAAAAAGGAAAUCAUUGGUCAGCAUGGCCAUUUCUGUCACAAAUUGCUAGAUGUGGCUCUAUUACAUAAAAUCUGACAGACAUUUCAAAACUGCUGUUUGAUGUAACCUUUGGUAAGAGUAUUUCAAAUAUAUUUUGUAGUACAAUCAAUAUGCAUUUUGAUAUACAUUCACACAUUUCCAGACUAAAACUGAGACAUUAUGGUUUAUUCAUAAAUGCAGUUUAUUUAAAAUAUAGUAUAGUUGAAAUAAUUGAGUAACAAUAAAAACCGGAAACAGUAACAUUUCGUUUCAAUGCCAUGUAUUUGGAUAUGCCAACAUUGCAAGGUUUUAGUAAAAAGCUUUGGUAAAAGUUUAACGCUUUUUUUUUUUUUUUUCAAGGCUCAUUCAACAUGAGAUAAUGCAAUCAUGACGUUCACAAAAGCCUCUUUCAUGCCAUAAUUUCCAACAUGGCAAACUUUUUAAAUGUUUAUCAUUCACUCAGCACAAAUUAUGGUCAUUGGUGAAAUUGAACACAAAUUAAAGUGAUAAGAAAAAAUGGAAAAAACCAAAGAGGUCAAUAAUUAUAUAACUAAAUGUAGUUCAUGUUUAGGUUCUUCAGAAACUUGUGGAGACAACAAUUACCACAUUUUUUCACAUUAAGUUGCAUUGUCUUCUCAAGAUGGACUCUAAAGGGUUGUGUUUAAGGGAUUGUCACUGGUUAAGGAAACAACCAGAACUAUUGAAAGGAGCAUAACUAAUCAGGGUGCAGUAGCUGGGUAGAUUUGUGUCUCUAUAUGUGAGAGAGACCAGGGCAAUCACAAUUAAAGUUGGAAUGAACAGUU